CCCCCCCCCCUCCUCUUCCUCCCUUUCUUUCCUUUCGUUGUAGCUCUGCACCAGGCACGCGUCGAUUCACGUGCCGCUUGCUGGCACAAAGGAGUUGCGCGUGCGGCUGAGGUUGACCGACAUGCGCUCCACGGCUUGACCUCGUCGGCACAGCGUGUAUUCUACACACCACAGCUGGCCACAGCUAGCAAAAAACCACAGCCAACAAGCUUAAGAGGUCCACGCGCAGCCGUCUCCCACCCCUCACGGUCUGGUCUAGCCGCGGCCUUUGUCCUUGACUGGCAACGAGCUGAGCUCGGAACAGGUCGCGGUGGUCGAUUGACAGGCCAAAAAAACGCCCUUUGCUGGCUGGCUGGCGCAAGUGCGCUUUCGCGAGUCACCGCCGACACACCACCGUGGUACCGCAACACCCGCACCACUCGACUGGCGUUUGCCGCAGUAGGAGGUAGAAGAGGGCCUACGGGUACUGCCCACACUACCUACAGAGGCCAUUUUCUCACCGACCGACAGGCAGCAGACCAAGGGCAACUUCACGCUCACUUGCCGCUAUGGCGGACUCUCAAAGAGGAGCUUGGGGCAUGAAUGGAGGGGGAAGCCUAUGGGGUGCACCGUCAGGUGGCCCAGGUGUACCUCCGGGCACAUGGGCCCCACCAAGCGCCGCCCAAUCGGGUUGGCCGACUGCGACAAACCCACGUGGGUCGUCGCCGGCCGCGCAAGGCGCAGGCUUGCCGUCCACAGGCGCAGGCAGCGGCCGCCAACCAGGCUCUCGCACCGGUAGCAGUGCAGACGGUCAUGGUAGCCGCUUUGCCCAUAGCUUUGAUGCCGGUGCUGUCGGCAGGCAACAAGCCGCCCAAGGCGGCGGUGGUGGAGGCCGCCCGCGCUACCCGGCACGUGCGAGUUCGCACUCCCGCAAAAGCCGCACCACUCCACCGGCUUCUCCUACCGAGCCCACCACUCCGGGCGCCCGCAGACGCGGCAAUCAGCGCUCACACCAUCCAGGGCCUCCGGGCACUCUAAGCGCACCUGCCCACAACUCGGCCGACUCACGAGCCGGUGGCAAAACCGGCGGUAGAGCCGGAAACGCCAGCCCUGACUUUUGCAACACUAGCUACUCUGGCAAAGCAAGCCGCCGGCCUGGCGCAAAUGCCGAGGCUAGGCAGGUUGGCGGCAGGAGCGGCCGCCGUCGCGGUAAUGGUGACGGCAACAGCAAUGGCAAUGGCAAUGGCAAUGGCAAUGGCAAUGGCAAUGGCAAUGGCAACUCGAACAGCUAUGACGGUCGCAGCAACGCCAAGGGUGGCGGCGGCCGGAGCAGCAAGAACAGCCGGCGCAAUAGGUCCGGCAAGGCACGGAACGGCUCGAGCAACAAGAACAGCAACAACAAGAACAACAACAACAACAACAACAACAACAACAACAACAGCAACAACAAGAGCAAGAACAAGAACAGCUCCAACAACCUUUCCUCAACUGCAUCGACCACAGCUACUGGCGGACCGGGGCGAUGGGGAAGGCGGGCCGGCAAAGCGCCGUCGGCCGAGGCGCUGCGCAACCCGGGCAAAGAGUUGUCACGGCUGGUGAGUAAGCGCGACAUAGAGGGCGCUGAGGCCCUCAUGUCGUGGCUCAAGGUCAACGGCCCGCCGCCGGGCCUCAUCAUGUAUUCCAAAAUGAUGCGUGGCUACACUCGCAUCGGCGAGAUGGACAAAGCCGAGGAUCUUCUCCGCGAGAUCGUCGACGUUGGCCACACUCCACACGACGUAGUGUACAACACCCUCAUGCAAGGCUACGCCGAGGCCGGCCUCAUGGACGAGGCCGAGCGCGUCAUGCACCGUAUGGUCGACGCAGACGUCCUCCCCGACGACUUUUCGUUCAACAUCCUCGUCCUCGGCUACACCCGCCGCCUUAAGAUGUCCGAAGCCGAAGCCAUCCGCACGCGCAUGGAGGCCGCAGGCCUCACUCCGGACCGCUACACGCUCAACGCCCUGCUCAAGGGCCACCUCCGCUCCAGCAACCCGGUCGGCGUCCGCGACAUCCUGCACGACAUGCAGCGGCUCGGCGUCAAGGGGGAGGUGGAGCUCACCGAGUCGGCCCGCAAGUUUCUGGCUGACAUGCCGCCGCAGCACGGUAUGCAGGUCUCAGGUAGCUCGGCCGACCUCCCGCGGGCAAUGUCUAUCUCGUCGGCCGGCUCUGCCAUGUCAACCUCGUCGCUCGCUCCGCUCAACCUGUCCGGCUCGUCACUCAUCCACUCGUCGUCAGGUGCCACCACCUCGAGCGCCUCACUCGUUAGCGCAUCGACAAGCGGCACCUCGCUCUCGUCGUCGACCCGCGAUCCAGCCGACGUAGGCUCGCCAUCCUCGCUCCGUGCCCAAGCCGCCAUCGAAGCAGGCACUCGCACCCUCCCGAAGCCACUCUCGCUCGACGUCACCCGCCCGAGCCGCGGCCAAGCCGGGUCGUUCUCGCUCUCGCCGCGUAAAGCCCGCGGCGGCGGCAAUUCAUCGCCCAGCGGGCGUGGCCGUGGCUGUGGCCGCGGCGCUCGCUCGCUCUCGCUCUCGCCGUCGGGCGGCGGUGUUGGCUCGCCCAAGUCGGCCACCUCGCCGCUGGUGGUUGCCCAGCCCAACUCGAAGCGCACCAUCCGCAAUUUGCUCAAGGCCGACAAGACCGCCCCCGUCUCGCACAUUGUCUCCACCAUGAAGGCCGAGGGCAUCGUGCUCUCGGUCGUCUCGUACACCCAGCUCCUGCGCGGCCUUGCAGAGUCCAAGCGCCUCGACGCUGCUGAGGAGGUCCUCGCCCACAUGAAGGCCGAUGGCGUCGCUCCCAACGUCGUCACCUACACCACCCUCCUCAGAGGCUACGCCAAAAUGGGCAACACCGCCGCCGCCGAAGAGGUCCUCGUCCGCAUGAAGACGGACGGUGUGGCUCCCAACGACUUUACGUACAACACUCUCCAGCAGGGUUACGUCCGCAAGGGCGCCCUCUCCGCCGCGGAGACCAUCCUGGAUCGCAUGCGCGCUGACGGUGUCGAUCCAGACCUCGUCACGUACACCCAGAUCAUGACGGGCUACGCCCGUAAGGGCAUGGCCGACGAGGCCGAGGCUGCGCUCGCCGCCAUGAAGGCCGAAGGCAUCCCUCUUCGUCACUCGGUCUACUUUCCGCUCGCAAAGGCCCAUGUCAAGGCCGGCAACAUCGAAGGCGCCCAGAACGUCGUUGUCCGCAUGAAGGCCGAAGGCAUCGCCGUCACCUCGGAAAUCCAGACCCUUGUCGCCAACGCCAUCACCGCUGCGGCUUCGGCGAACUCCUCGCGCUCUCGCUCCCGUGGCUCGUCUGCAGAGGCCACCGCCGCCGCUCUCCGCAAGACUCAGUCGGACCUUGGCGACUCGUUCCGCCGCGCCAACAACGCCACAAAGUCGCCGCAAAAGGCCAGCCGUCUCGGAAGCUCGGCGCAACUGCCUCGUCCUCCGUCUUCGGCACAGCACUCACUGCACCCUGCCACUUCCUCGCUGGCUCGCUCGCAAUCGGAUCCUGCGACCAACGUCAACUCGGCACUCCACUCGGCACCCGCGCCCGCUGCGACAGCCGCCCCACAGCCGCCCGCCCUCGUCGACCCCUCGCUCUACCUUGCCGACCUGUGGCCUGUCUCGCAUCUCGAACCCACAGCCGUCAUCUGCGCGCGAGACCACCGCGCCAUCGCUUCCCUUCUCACCCGCGGGCAUGUCUCCCGCUGGGUCCAAUGAAUCGGCUGAAGCGAC